UAAGACACUGAGCGAACAACACAAAUAUUGGCUGAUAUGUACAUACACUUUUGAGUACACGGAGAGAAUAAGGUGAAUAAGCAAACAGACACAAAAUUACAAGCCUUUUACACUGGCUGCGUACAAACCAGACAAAUCUAAUAUAAGACAGCGUUGCUACAAUGACGCUGAUGCGACGCAUUGUCGUUGGCAUUACAAAUACAAGACGUUAUAAUAGUGUGGUUGCUGUUAUUAUUGUUAUUGUAAAUGCUUUAUGGGCGGAACGACAAAACACAAUGUUUUACUUUAACUGCACUGGGUUAUAAGGUCUUACUUUUUUGUUUAGAACAAACUGAAUACCUCUUUGCAAAGAAGAUACGGUAUAAUGCAUAAUCCAAAUCUAUUUUGCAUGCGCAUGCGCGUAGGUGUAUUUAUUUACUAAUUUAAAAUGGCAAAAAAAAAAAAAAAAACAGGAAGAAAAAACCACAUAAUAAAUCCAUGUAAACAGCUUCUUGAAACGUGUACAUUAUCUAUAUAUAGAAUCGUCAAAAGAUUUUUCUUCGCUAUCAUCGGGAAAUAUGGGAUCGAUGUGAUGCUUUUUUCUAACCCAAACUAUCAGAACAAUUGCAAAAUCUUCAUUAGUCAUAUUAGUUCGCAAAGCUUAUCCUAACCCUUGCGUAUAAAUAUUGCAUAAAAAAUUAUUUUCCUCAUCUUCAACUACCCGGACGAUACGAAUAGUUCCAAACGCAAUCUUAAAUGAAUUUUCUUGCAUUUCUCUAUCCCGUACAUUGCUAAAUUAUUCCUGCUUUUAAAAACACGUUAACAGUUUUGCAAUAGUUCGAUUAAAGAGAAGUCUUUUUUCAAAGGCGGCACUCGACAAUUCGAUUCUUUCGCCACCUACGCCUCCUGUUGCUCUUAUUGAAGUCAUACGGCGGAAGUAUACAGUCUUCCGACAAACCAGUUACAAGACGAUUUCGAUGAUUACAUAUAAUCAAGAAACGCGCAUAAUUCUCUCUGUUCUUCGCUCCCUUCCUACGUGGAAUUUUUUAGAUCGCCUCCCUUUAUUCAUUCUUUGUACAUUUGCGUAGUUAUACUUUACCACUUGAGGUAAAAGGAUAUAUUAAGUUUGUGGGAACGCAUACAACACCCCACAAGAAGUGGAGAUAGACCCCACGUGUAUUAAAACGAUCGAUUAAGAAUCCCUUCUACGAUUAUCUAUCUAUCUGUUCAAGAUUUUUCUUGCGCUCCACCUAGCGUUCGUAAUCUAUGAGAUACUUUGAUGAAAUCAGGUACAUCGACGUGUUUUGGCCCAACGAUGUUCCCAUUUAAUACCUUAUUUUGAAAGGCCUUUAUAUGAAUAACUACAUCAAGAGAAAUGUUGUAAGGUGUUUUAACAGAUUUUCCAUUUAUUUUACUUAUUUAAUAUACAUUUUGAAUUCAACAUCAAAAAACUUUAGCUAAAUUAGUUUACUUAAUAUCGAUUACCAUAUGACAAUAAGACAAAACGAAAAUGCUAAACAUGAAAGAGUUUUACAAAGUCUAACUCGCAGUUCCUUUUUUUUUUUAAGCAAAUAUUCAAAGCUUAGUCCAUCGAAACAAUUAUAAGGACUGCCCGGUGAAAUUUCUCGCAGAGAUGUCAUAAAGAGUGACCUUUGUCAAUGCAAUGGCAUGCCACUUACCAACCGAUCAGUUUGGUGUUUGAAAAGACAGGCGGCACUUUCUACAAGUUGACCAUGCUAUACUUGGACGUUCUUUAAAGAUGUAAUUAAAAAAAUAUCAAAUAGAUGUUUGAUGCUGUUUGUGUAAACAAUUAACAAGGAUGCUUGCAAUAAAAAAACUCAGUAAAAUUGGAAGACCUCCUGUUAUUUCCGUUACGCUUGCCAAGCUAAUGACGGGUAUUUGAGAAUCAAAGAAGUUUUUCUAGGGCUUUGUCAACAAACCUUGAAAUGCCGGCGCUAUUAAGCAUUCGUUUUAAAUUUCAGAUCGAUUUCACACAAUUAGCUCUAUCAAGUACUAUUAAGUGCUGCUAACUAAUCGAUAAUCUGUAUAGUCAUUAAUUGCUAAACAUUAAUAAAUAUUUGCUUUAAAGCUGAAAUCGAUAUAUACUGCUUAUGCUGGAGUAAACUGCUUGAGAAAUCUUUUACAUAAAUCUGUCUAUUUUUCUACACAUCACAGUCGGUCAUCGAUUGUUGAUUUGCUAAAUUUUAAAGUAAGAAGAAAUAUUUCUAUUAUAUUUUAUAUCGCAAUCUUCUAUCAAGGGGCUGAUCCUAGACGUCGUUGUAUUUGAAUUCAGAUCAAUUUCUAUUAUUUAGAAUAGAGGGCGAAAAAAAAAAAAUGUUAAACAAAAGUUUUACAUAGCAUGGCUUCAUAAGCAUAUCCCGCCUCCUUAACGUAAUCAAAUAAAUGUUUUACAGAUAGAUAUGAUAAAACUUUUUAAUAUGAUAAGACUUCGAGUUUUUUUCUCGAAUUGAAGAAACAUAUACGGACAAGCGAAUAGGUAGAUAAACAUUAUUAUUCACUUCGGCACACUAUUAUACUAAAGCCAGCGAGCUCUGUACGGGACAUAUAGUGAUGGCCACGCUUUUAGUGCUUAAUUUAAAAGACAAUGGUUAGCAUUGGAUAUGUUAUUUUGAACAAAGCUCUUAAGUGACAUUAAAAUGUUCUAUAAGGAAUCUAAACCUGAUUGUUAUUCUUUUCGGUUUAAGUCACUGCUUUUUUUUUGUUAUGAUCAAUCACCCAGCGGGGUAUGUCCCCUGUUCGUGUAACACGAUAACACGAAUGGAAAGAAGUGAUGGAAGAGAAAAGGAUAGGGGAGAUAGUGAUGGCAGCCUAGCGAAUGGGCGCCCAAACUCUAAGUGUUAUUGUGAAACGAAGUAACAUAAUUUAGAUCUAUGAAGGAAAUGGAGGAUUUUUUAUCGGCGACUAUUAAAAAAAAAAAAAAGAAAAUGAUAUAGUUUUGAUAUUAGCCGAGUCGGUUUCAGCAUGUCCGCCCAUCCCUCCGCAAUGUAUUGUUAGAGAUGAAAAAUAAAGACUUUCCAUAUUUAUUUUAAGAGAACAAUUAACUUAAAAUUCUAAGCCGAUAAAGCGUGUUGUUAACGAUUCCGUGGCGAAAAAGUUGGGAUAAAAGGUAAAACGCUUCAAUAUAUAGGUAACGAACUGCAAGCAAACAUUUAAGAGACCAGUUGUAAAGAUUUAGUGAACGAAUAGAUCCAAUCUCCAAUUGAUGAUGAAACUUUGCAAUGAUUGGGAUUCGUGACAAUGAAUAGGAAAUAAUUAAAUUAGUAAAAUAAUACAUGGCUUGCGGAAAUUUAAGAGUUCGCUUCUCGCUCUCAACGAACGAUUGAUUACAUAAGAACUAUGGAAAACUUAUUUAUGUAGAAAUAUUUUAAUACUACAUCAAUCAUCGUGAUAAAGCCACACUUUCACGUUACUGUUAGCUGAAUUCCCCCCAAAAAUCAUCUAAAGCAAUUUAAUACCAACCUGUUGUAUAUUCGUUGUUGCUGUUUUCUCUGUAUUAAACGAGCUCUCUUCUCAGCUCUCCGUUUUCCAUGUAUGACGCAUGCAAAGAAAUGUCUUUUUCUCUCUGUCCGUUUAACUUACUAGGAGCAAUACAAAGGCUUUUUUUUAUUUUAUAUAUGUAGGCUUUGCUUGGUUAUUUGUACUCAAGUAGUAAUGCAUUGUAUUCUGCCGUUUUCUCGUGCUUUUUCUUUGGUUUAGCAACUGGUGAGUUGAGCUAAUCACCACCGUAUGCGGAAGCUAAACUAGUUUUCACUUGACUUGGUAUGGAUGUGCUCCACUUACAGCUGAAUGCGAUUGUUAUUGUUUUUGCCUUUUUUUUUUUUUUUUUUUUUUUUGCUAUGUGCAUGUUGAAUGUAGCUGUUUGCAGUUACUGUUACUUUGACGACAUUUAAAGCUGAUCGAAAGCUUCUGAUUCUAUCACAUAUUUGUGCUGUAGAAAAACACUUCCUCAAUCUUUUCAACGACGACAAGCAAGCAAGCAAGCAAGCGAGCAAGCAAGCAACAACAACAACAGCAUCAGUAAUUUACAUGCCUGCAGUUCAUUUGCCGUAAAUUUAUGUGGGUUGGCUAAGGGGGAAAAAGGGAAUAGAAUUUAUACUUAAUAUGAUGAUAAUUGAAUAACAACACAAUGAAUGCUUAAAAAAGCAUUUUUUAUUAUUAUUAUUAUUAUUAUUUUUAUUAUUUUUAUUUUUUUUUUUUGCUUUUUAUUUUAUUUUUCUUACUCGCCAGACAGAAAUUGCUUAUUUAAUUCUAACAAUAUAAAUAAAUACUUGCAUAUGGAAAAUACGCCAGCACUUGUUAUAAGAAAUCAUUUAUAGGAAAAAUUUUUCUAUUAUUUGUAUAUACAUAAAAUACUUACAUUCCCACUCAGAAAAUAAAAAAGUAAAAAAAAAAAAUGAUAUGACGAAAUCGUUUCAGAGGAAAAAUCGAAAUGUUUUAAAUGUUUGUAUUUAAUGAAAACAACACCAACAACAAUAGUAGCAGAAGUGCAUAUAAAAGCGAAGAAAAGAGACUAAACAGAUCUGUUUGCGGAAAUUGAGUAACGCAAACAGAAAAUGUCAUAAGAUUAUGAAUACGUACGGUGUGUGGCGUUGUAAUAACAAUAAUAAUAAUAAAAAUAAUAAUCAUAACAACAACAGCGAAACCACACAAACAUUAUUAAUAAAAACCAAAUAAGAAAGAAAGAAAGCUUUAACAACAGCCACACACAACACUUCAAACGUAUUGUUACUACAACUGCUUCCUGUGGAAUCCAAUGUGCGCUGAAAGCCGCGAAUUAAAUAGUUUUUAUCAAAGUUCGGAAAAAACUUCAAAAUUUUCGUGUUAAGAAAUCAAAAUGAAAAUGCUGCCAGUCCAGUUAUCGUUAAAUCCACCAUUAGGCCUUUGGAGUGAUAUGUUAUGGCGUUGCCCACCUGCGCCGCCCAGCCAAUUGGCCGAACUGAAAACUCAGUUGCCUCCGUCUCUCCCUUCAGAUCCGCGUCUCUGGAGUCGCGAAGAUGUUGCGGUAUUCUUACACUUCUGCGAACGGGAAUUUGAUUUACCCAAAGUCGACUAUGAUCUCUUUCAAAUGAAUGGAAAGGCAUUAUGUCUAUUGACGCGAGCCGAUUUCGGACAUCGUUGUCCGGGGGCCGGAGAUGUUUUGCACAACGUAUUGCAAAUGUUGGUUAUUGAAUCGCACAUGAUGCAAUGGCAUUUACCAAAUAGCCCCGUAACGCCAACUAGCCGUUAUCCGUUAUCACCGCAUAGUCACCCACCCACUCCAACUUGGCCCCCAAUAGCACCGCCAGAAAGUGCCUUUCAUCAGACCUCACACUUAGCGCCACAUCAUUUUAUGGCUCCAAAUUCCGUAACGCUUAGUCCCCCGCCUUCCGUAGAUUCCCAAGCCAGCAGCCCGCCUCAAAGUCAAGAACAACAACAACAAAAUCAGCAGCAACAAACAGCUUCUACUAGCCAGGCCAACAGCAGCAGUAGCGGUAGUAGUGGCAGUAGUAACAGCAGCAGUAGCAGUAGCAAUAGUUCAGGUACUAAUUCUUCCACUAGCGCGUCAUCAUCGUCUGCUGCAGUCGCAAACAAUGCUUUUAGUGCCUUGAAGCAUACUAAUGGCACAAGUGCUAGCAGUCACCAUUCAGACUCAGACGAGGAAAGCUUUGCAGAAACUUCUCAAGGGAAUAGUGCAUUAGCUAAUUUCUCUGCCCAUACUUAUCCAACGGGUCAUUACAAUAGUAGUCCACCCGCGACGCCUGUACUGAAAGAUAUGCCUCCAAAUAUAAAGCAACAAAUUAAAAAUACUUUUGUAAACACAUGGUCUCAACAGCAACAUCAACAACAACCGCUGCAACAGCAGCAUCUCCAACAGCAACAACAACAGCAUUUAAGCCACGAAUCUAAUCGAUCACAGGUCGGAAAUAGUGGCAGUGGAUCAAUCUCAGCACCAACAACACCCAGCUAUAUGCAGCCAGUUAAGCGAGAAUUCUUUCCUGAUAAAAAUGACAACCGCUACUUGCAACCGGUGAAACGGGAGUUUUUUCCAGAAACCGCAGAGCCCAACACAAACGGUCGUCUAUUGUGGGACUUUUUACAACAACUGCUUAAUGAUCGUAAUCAAAAGUACAGCGAUCUAAUCGCUUGGAAGUGCCGUGAUACAGGUGUCUUUAAAAUAGUUGAUCCCGCCGGUUUGGCCAAAUUAUGGGGUAUACAAAAGAACCAUUUAUCCAUGAACUAUGACAAAAUGUCACGAGCUUUACGCUACUAUUACCGAGUCAACAUUUUACGCAAGGUGCAAGGCGAACGGCACUGCUAUCAAUUUUUGCGUAAUCCGACCGAGUUAAAGAAUAUCAAAAAUAUUUCCCUACUAAGACAAACCGUUGCCAGCGCUAAUGUUGGCGGUAGUAACGGUACGAAUAACUCAAAUUCUAAUGGCACCAACAAUCAAACGUCUUCAUCUAAUAUGAACACAGCAGCAUCUAACAAUGGUACUACAUGGGCUAUGCCGUCACAAGGUUCUCUGCAGCACUCUAUAAAUAAUACGCAACAGCAAAAUUCUAAUCAACGCGCUACGUCCCAAGGUAACCAACAUUUGAGUUUGCCUAAUGGAAUUUCCAGCGCUGCAGCUGCUGUAGCGGCUGCAUACGGGCCACCGCCCUCAUCCCCAUUAUUUAUGCAUGCGAUCCAUUACCUAUCUUCCAAUGGCGGCAUGUUGCCCAAUUCGCCGGUAACUUUACCCAACACUCCGAAUGAUAAAUUCCAGUUCAAUGUCCUAAAAUCUGCCGAGCAAAAUCCUACACCCUCUCAGGAUAGUUCGAGUUCAUGCGAAGAAAUGAAACCCACGGACUUGAGUGUAUCGGCAAACAAUGGCAACAAUAACAGUGGGAAUCACAAUAACAAUUGCACAACUGAGAAACGACCAUACUCAAGUCCUUCGGCACAGGAUGAUUGCUAUCCACUGAUACGUAACGCUGAUGGUUUGACAACAAUUAAAUUGAUACGAUACAAUGAAACGGAGACAUCCGCCCAAUUGGAUACCACAGAUUCACAACAGCGUCAAACACCCACCCCUAUGGAAAGCGAAGCGAGUGGUUGUAGUAUUGAUAGCAGUCCUGGAUGCGAUAAUGGUGGACCUACAGAUUUAAGGAAAUGAUAACUCUAUCAUAUCACGAUAAUCACUUAUGUGCCGUUAUAUCGACACGCGAACACGUCUAAAGAAACAAUUAGCAGACAAUGGCAAACUACGUACAAUUCUUAUACAAAAUGUGUAGCUUAAAAUUUACCUCAAAAUGAAUGUUGUUGUUGUUGUUGUUGUUGUUGUUUUUGAUAAUAUAUCAGAAGGAAAAAUAUGGCUAUUAAUGCUUACAAAGUAUGUAGUUGUUGGGAUAAUAAUUGUCAGCUAGGUUAAGUGUUUUUAUAACAAGCACAUAUAUACAUAUACAUGCACAUAUAUACACACACACACACACACAAACACACACACACCCGCGCUUCAUACAUACAUACAUAUACACACGUAGAGAUAUAUAUGUAUAUAAAAACAGUAUAUAACUUAUCAUUUCAUAUAAGUACUCGUAAAUCGAGUUAGACAAGUAAGCUUGGAAAUUUUUUUAAUAUGUUCUACAUACAGAAAAAAUUACAUGCGUGCCAAUUUUAUGUCAUCUUAAUAAUCAUAUUUUUGUAACUAUAUUUAAAUAUUUACUAUAUUAGUUAAGUGUAAUCAAAUCCUGAUAGGCGAACAACACAUAUAUAUAUAUAUAUAUAUAUAACUUAGUAGGCUUGCACACUUUCACGGCAACAUGAGUAACAAAAGAAGGGUAAUUAUAUACGAUUUUUAUUUCUGCUUUCUGUAACAAUGAGGAAUCUCUCGCUGCCUUUUAAAAACUCCGCGAAGCAUGCGAUGCAUUCAAGUCCGUGUGUCCGUGUGUCCGUCUUCCAAUAUAAAUUCACUGCCGCAACUAUAUAGAUAACAGAAUCUUACUUCGAACACAAAUGUAAAGUUCGCCUAUAUUGUCUUCAUUGGUUCGCGAUAAUUGAAAAAAAUAAAUAACCCGAGUCAAGUAUCGACCUACAUCCGUUAUUCGAACCUCUACUCCUGUGAAAGUGGAAUGAAAACUAAAGCUUAUCAAGUGUCGUUUUACUUGAUAGUAUUCUGCCGCCCAAGACUCAGUAAUAGCAAAGAAGAGAAAAAAUGUAAUCAGGUCUUAAUAUUAUUGCUCGUAACUUGAGAACCAUGUCAGGUAUUGACUAAAACGUUAAUUCAGAAAUUUAACCAAGGUAUUUAAAUGAAGAAUGAAGGAUUAAGAUUAGCCAACUGACACGCCCGUUAUUAUUAAGAAGCUUUAUUCAGGUGACUGAUAUCUAAAAUUCGUUUCAAGGCGAAUAUAAAUUUCUUACUUGUUCUUCCUCUCGUUAUAAGUUUAGAUCUUAAAUAACAUUGACUCCCUUUAAGUGAAAAAGAAACAGCAAAAAACAAAAAACAGAAAUGGUUUCAUUUUAAAUAGAACUGUUAAAGAUAAAAUCUCUUUGAAAACUUUUUGAAAAUACAAAUAAAACAAAAUUUUGAAAACUGUAAAUGAUUGUGAUAGAAAAUGUUAGAAGAGUACCGAAGAGACAGAAAUUAUUUAACUAAGAUUGUUUCAUUGUAUUCGAAAACGUUUUUUUUUUUUAUUUUUACAGAUCUUUCAAACAAUUUGUAAACUGCAA